UGCUGUGCAAACUUGGGCAGGAAGUUUUCCCACCGCACCGCGGAGGGAGUGGACCAGACCAGCGAGGGACACCUGGGUCCUCUCUUAGGACUCUCCUGUUUCCCCUCUUCUUCUCGACCGCCGGGUCCCACAGCGAAACGCCAACAUGAGCUCCAGCAACCAGGUCUCCAAGGACUACUACGAUUAUUCGGCUUGGUACGAGAACCUGGAGCCCACUAAACCACCGCAGGAAGUCAUCCCACCCUGUGACCCCACUGCUGAUGACAGGCUGUACCACAUAUGCAUCGCUGCUCUAUCUCUUGUUGUCAUGCUGGUCCUAGCGGCCUUCACCAAGCGCAAGAGACUGUGUCAGGGCUUCCUGAAAGGGGUACCAGGCCUGCUCAGCCCAGUGAACUUCCUGGACCACACUCAACACAAGGGCCUGGCGGUGGCCGUGUUCGGAGUGCUCUUCUGCAAGCUCUGUGUGGUGGUGCUGGCCCCAAACCCUCUGCCCUUCAUCCAGGACUCCACAUCAGACUACAAAGCACCACAUGUCAAUCUCGCUGGGGCCCCCCUGAGAGAGUACUGGAAGAUCCUCGCCCUCUUCUACUACCCUGCUCUCUGCUAUCCGCUGCUCGCAUGUGGCACGCUGCACAGCCAGGUGGGCUAUGUGCUGGGCAGCUUGCUGUCCUGGACGCACUUCGGUGUCCUUGUCUGGCAGAAGGUGGACUGCCCAAAGACUCCGCAGAUAUACAAGUAUUACUCCCUGCUUACCAGCCUGCCGCAGAUUGCAUGCCUGGCCUUCCUCAGUUUCCAGUACCCACUUCUCCUGUUUAAGGGACUAAAUGGCUCAGUGAAGACCAACGCCUCUGAGGACCUCGACAGCAGUUACUACAGAGACUAUGUGAAGAAAAUCCUGAAAAAGCCAGCCAAACCAAGCACUUCCAGAACAGACAAGCCCAAACUGUCUGAGAGGAUAUCUGAUGCCCUGAAGUCAUACAUAUACACACCAGAGGAAGUGUUCCGGUUUCCCUUGAAGCUGGCGAUAUCUGCAGUGGUGUCGUUCAUUGCGGUUUAUCAGGUGGCGCUGUUGCUGAUAACUGGAGUGGUGCCCAUUCUCCAUAUUGUCCGUGCCGGAAUCAAUGAAGACAUCGCCUUCCUUCUGGCUGGCUUCAACAUCAUUUUAUCAGAGGAUAGGGCAGAGGUGGUCAAAAUAGUGAUCCACUACAUGUGGUGUUUGGAAGUGUGCUACGUCUGUGCAAUUACCCUGUCUAUUCUGGUCACCCUGCUCAUGCUAAUGAGAUCCAUGGUCUUACACAGGGCGAACCUGAAAGGGCUGUACCGGGGAGACAUCUACAACGUCUACAAUCGGCAGAGGAGCGUCCGGCCCUCGCGACCCGCCCUGGUCUGCUGGAUGGGGUUCACAAGCUACCAAGCCGCCCUCAUCUGUCUAGGUAACCCGAAAAAGAGGAGUACACUGCCCUUCUGGACCCUGUUCCUGGUCGUGCUCAUUCAGCACAUAACAGCCAGGUUUGCCUUCAUCAAAAAGGAUGCAGGGACCAGAGACUUGGACAACAGGAGCGGUCUGUUCCUGCUCACCUACCUAUUAUUUCCUGUGAACGUCCUGGUGGGAGUGCUGCUGGGUGUGUGGAGGAUGCUGAUCACGGCCGUCUUUAACAUUGUCCACCUGGGACGCCUGGACAUCAGCCUACUCAACCGGGGAGUGGAGGCCUUUGACCCUGGCUACCGCUGUUAUGCCCAUUACCUGAAGAUUGAGGUCAGCCAGUCUCAUCCUGUGAUGAAGGCAUUCUGUGGGAUGCUGUUACAGUCAGCCGGCCAGGAGGGCGGCGCUGGUCAAAAAAUGCGUGAUGCAGAGGAUGGCAUUCAGCUGGUAGCGCAGGACAAAAAGCCGAACAAGGUGUCCAACGCCAGGCGGGCACGGGCACGCUGGCUGCUCCUCUUCACCCUGGUCAACAACCCCUCCCUGCUGGGCUCCAGGAAGCACUUCCAGCGGCAGAACUCGGAGAGUUUCCUGAACGGGACGCUCAACCGAGCCGCCAAGGAGGGCAGCAGAAAGGAUGUCAGCCAAAAGGAGGAGUGCAAAGAGGCGGGCAAGGAAGCGGGUAAAGAACCAGAAACUUCCGCUACCAACUGACACUGAGACAUCCUGGCGAAAAUGGGUUACAUGUAGAGAUAUGCAACAUGCCUGUUAUGAAGUUUAGUUUGGUUUAGAUGGUCCACCCAUAUUGACCAUCUUAUUUGUACAUGUGUGUAAAUGAAUUUGCGUUCUUUAAGGAAGGUUGCAGCUCAAUUGUGGACUGCAGAUCGGUUGUUGCUUUUGGUGCGGAACUGUUCGGUGUGUUAUUCCAUCUGUCUGUCUGUCAGUUGUCUUUCAUUCUCAUUCUGAAUUAUUAGGUGAACAGGAACAUAGCGCUGCAUUUAAACCAUAUUUUACCACUGUGCCAAGUUAUAAUGUGUGCCUAUUUAUGAGUGUACAGAAUAUACUGUUGUGAGAUACUUAGCAAAUGUUGUUUCAAUAUCUUGAUUGUGUAUACAGUUCGGUGUAAUUGAAAGAAACCAAUACUUGCAAAAUAUUGAUUCUGCACAUGAAGAUUAUGUGGCAUUCUUUCAUUUUUUUUUCAAAUUAAAUCUGGUUUCUAUAAGCUAGUCGCACUCCAAGACUGACUAUCAUUUUCUUUUAAAUGUCAAUUGUCAAUUCAGGGUCCAGAGGAACAUGUUUUCACGCGGUCAUUGUCCGCGGAUUAGUUGUAUCACGCUGCAUACGUUUCUUUGGAACAACAUACAUUAAUAUAUUUGUGAUUAAAAAUAA